UCACCCCAUCCGCCGCACGCCUGUUCUACUAAGGUAUAGCAGAGUCUCCUGAUGACAAUAACAGGACCAAGCACGCAAGCCGUAACCAAAACGCCUGAGUGAUCACAAUGUCCUCCAACUUCCCCAUCAUCGACAUCUCCGACCUGGACUCACCGUCCUCGCAACAUCGCAUCGCCGACCAAGUCACACAGGCCUGUCGCGAAUGGGGCUUCCUCUUGCUUAAGAACCACCCCAUCCCUCCGGGCAACAUUGACGAAAUGUUCAGCCUGUCCAAGACCUUCUUCUCUCUGCCCGAACCUCUCAAGGCCCAAUACCCCAUUACCUCCAACUCCAUCGGGUACAUGGGUAGCUUCCAGGACCGCGGCAAGGACGACAAGAUGUCCAUGUGGUUCGGGGGCGUGCCUGGCUCGUUGCUGGCCGCCCAGAACCGCGACAGUCUCCCACCCUUCUGGCACGAGCAUGCCGGCAAGGUCGAAGCGUUCAAGCACCAAUGCCACGGCCUCGUGAUCAAACUCCUCGAGUGUUUCGCCCUGGCCCUCGACCUUCCAGAUCGCAAAUUCUUCGCCGGCGCGCAUAAGGAGGACGUCGGCAACGGCAACAGCCUACGCAUGCUCCUGUACCCUGCCCGCCCCGAGAAGCCCAACUCACACCUCGAAGACGUGGGCUCCCGCAUGGCGGCGCACACCGACUCCGGAUCCGUCACGCUCUUGUUCCAGCGCGCCCCGGGGCUCGAGGUCAUGUCUCCUAACGGCGAGGAGUGGAUCAAGGCGCCGUACAUCGAGGACUGCAUCCUCGUCAAUCUGGGCGACGCGCUCAGUUUCUGGUCCGGAGGCCAGCUCAAAGCGACCAUGCACCGGGUCACAUUCGACGGGCUCCCUCACGACCGCGAGCGCCAGAGCAUGGCAUACUUUGGAGCCGCGAACCCGGAUACAGUCCUCCAGCCGAUCGUGCAGGGGGAGAAGAUGGAGAAAUACUAUUCCAACGGAAUCGAGUUGGUGCCAGGCAUCACCGUUGGCGAGCUGAGCCGCACGAUCAUGCGCGAUAUCUAUGGCGCGGCGUUUCAGCCGACGAAAGAGAAAAAAGCGCCCAAGAUGGAAGGAGCAAGGCAGGCUACGGCCGUGGUAUGACAUUCACUGUAGAACAACUCAGCCUCAUCAAUGAUGA